AUGGAUAAAGGACUCGUCCUCAAGUGCACCGACCACGUCAACGCGCUGAUGUGCGACAAUUUAAAGAUACGAAAGAAGAACCCUGUCGUGUAUUUGGAAUUGCUUCAGAUGCUAACUGGGAAACAUCCGCCUAUAAAACGAGAUCAGAAGAAAAUUUAUGCAAGAUGUGAAAAGAAAAACAUCGUCCCAUAUUAUAACAUCGCAAUCGAGGUAAAACCGUGGGAGGAUAAUGGCAUGAUUGCGGUGGAAUGCAAACUCAUCAAAAAAUGGAUU